CCUCCCCGACCAGCCCCCCAAGCCACCGACUCUCUUCCUCCUUGAAAACCUGGUGAGAUCUUGAUGAAAUUUCUCCUUCUUUCUUGCUUAAUCACAAGAUUUGGGGCUUAGAAUUCUCUCUCUCUACCCAGAAAUCCCGGAUCUGCUCUGUUCUUCUCCCUUGACCGUCGGGUUCUGCUGGGUUUGAAUCCUUCGGUUUUUCUGCCGCGAGUUCCCCUGCAGAAUUUCUUCUUCUCUGCCGCCGGCUUCUUCCCCCCUGCUAGGCUCGGUUUUUGGCUGCUAAAUUCUGGUAUGGACAGCUCCUCUAAGCCUAAAAUUACCCAUUUAAUUGCUGGGUUUUGUCCAUUAAGUGCUGCUCUGUGCUUGCCGAAUUUUGCUAAAAUGGGGGAGGAAUUCCGGUAGCAUUUAAAUGUGUUUUGUGCUUGGUUUAUGUAGGAAUUUUGUUAAUUGGGUUGUUGUGAUUUUGGAGAAAAAUCCCAUGAAUUAGCUAGUGUUUUGGCCAAUUUUCGAAGUGAAGUUACUGUUCACGGGUACUGUUUACUGGUACUGUUCACGGGCACUGUUCACACACCGAGGGUCAAUAAUUAACAGGGAUUUAAAUGAUUAGUUUGUGAUAUAAGAAUAAAUUUGGAGAUGUCCGGUUAUGUGGAGAUUGAUAGAAAUAGCACUAUGAUUAGGGGUAGUGCUAAUGAUCAUUUCAGUUUAAAUUUGUGAUAGUCCAGUAUUAAUUCUGAGGUGUUUUGAUUAGGUUCCCGAUUGUUCUGUCAGUUAGCACUGUACUGAGAUUGAGUGCUCGGUUUUAUGCGAGUGAGGAAGCGAAACCGAGGACGGGGAAAACCAAGGAGAGUGACGAGUUAGAAGGCUAGCCAUCUUGUAAAGUGAAUAUAGAUUUGAGAUGUAGAUUGUGAUCUUAAGAGUUAGGGUGUAUGUGGAGAUUUUUGAUAUCAGAGCAGAUUGUAAAGAUUUUAUCUUGAGAUUUUGUGGUAUCAGAUUGUGAUUUGAAUAAGUUUCGAGCCUUGUGCACUUGUGGGACCCGUCUCACGAGUGUACGGCGUCUGCCACGUCCCCGGAUUUGGGUUCUGGGGCGUGACAACUAUGCUGAUAAAAGCCUAUAAGACAA